AUGUCGAAGAAGAAAGGAACCAAGCUCGCCUUUAGCGACUUUCUCAACGAUUCCAGCACAGGAUCAUGGGCAGACGAGAUGGACUCACUGCCUACCGCUCCUUCGGGAAGAGUAGCCGGUGAGCCAGGCUUUGGUCAAGGUCGCUUCACGGCAGGCGGAUAUGGCGAUCGUGCCGGCGGAAUCGAUCGAGCACCUCGAGCGGAUGUUCCUUUGCCGACCAAGCCGCCCUAUACGGCUUUCGUCGGCAAUCUCUCGUUCGAAGUCACAGAUAGCGAUCUGCGCGCACUCUUUGCAGAGGAGCAGGUCACGACAGUUCGACUCAUCACAGGCGUCGACGGCAAAUUGAAAGGCUAUGGCUACGUCGAAUUUGCAGAACUGGACGGUCUCAAGGCUGCCUUGGCGAAGAGUGGCUCAGACUUCAACGGACGAGCCGUCCGCGUCACUGUAGCAGAAGCGAAAGACACUGCACCUGAUCGUUCAGAUGGCGAUUGGUCAACUCGUGCAGGACCUCUACCACCGGUUGCAGGACGGACAGGCUUCUCGAGUGGAGGAUUUGGAUCUCGCGACCGCAUGGGUGCCGGAUCCAUCGAAGAGGAUCGCGAAUGGGGCGCCGUCCGAGGCGCAAAGUUUACGCCAUCCUCGAGCGGCCCACCCUCGCGUUCAGCGAGUGGCUAUGGUACCUCCCGACUACCAAGCCGUGACGCUAGCUUCACCGGUAGUGCUGCGAUACCCGACGAAGAUCGUGGAGAGCGUAUGGGAAUCGGAAGUCAGUUCAGGCCAUCGACCGCGGCACCCCAACGGAGUCCAGUCCUUGGCGGCUCUGGCUUCUCAGAUGCUGGCUCCCGGCGUGCAUCUGCAUUCUCGCCCACACUCGGAGGCACAACAGACGCUGACAAUGUCAAUCAAUGGCGGCGUGCUGCGCCUACUCCUGUCGAACCUCUACAGAAUGGCGUAACGGAGGGAGAUGGCUCUCGCAGAAAGCUUGCGCUCGCAAAGAGGACAGUCUCGACGGAUGCCGAGAGCUUCCCUCCGACGCCGACAACAGCGGGCAGCAGCAAACCAAGUCCUUUCGGCGCUGCGGCGCCCAUCGAUACACUCGAGCGACAACGAGCCAUUGACGAAAAAAUCCAGCGAGAAGCAGAAGAUCGCGAAACGAAGCUCAAAGCAGACCGCGAAGCUCGCGACAAGGCGAUAGGCGACCGCAAAUCUGCCCCGAAUCCAUUUGGUGAAGCGAAACCGGUCGAUGUUGCUCCGGCCAAAGAACGUCCGCCAGUGCAGUCGAGGGCGUUAUCUGCGACCGGCUCGAACGAUUCCGCACAACGAUCGGACAAAGCCGAGGCAGGAGGUGCAUGGAGAAGCUCCGCGCCAAAGACCAAUCGCCCGAACGGGUCCAAUUCGUCUUCUCGCGAUCGAGAGAACACGCAGCAGCAGCGCAAAGUUCUCGUAAAGGACAAGGCGGCGAUUCGUGACGCCCUGCCAAAGGAUGCGAGCCCGCCGCUGUCCCCUCCUGUGCCAAAGGCAUUUGCGGCAAGCAGCGCGCUCCGCAAGGAGGGCUUCUCCUAUGCCAAGGCUUCCCAACUCGCUGCUGCAGAGCGGGAGGCAGCGUCGGCUGCGGGAAAUACGGUUGCCGAGAGCGCGAAGAUGGACGGCUUAGCUAGCGCGAGCGACAGGUUGUCUAUCACCGAUGCAGAAUAG